GUAGUAAACACACCCUUGUCUCCGAUCGGCCGAAGAUCACCACCCAUUUUCAACCCAAGAACCAUUUUGGAGAAACUUGGUGGUGAUUUACAUUUAGUUUGUUUUAAUUUGUAUUUUGCUCGACUACAGGGGCACCUAGUGGUGUUAUGACUAUUUGAAGAGCUUUGACGUUAAAGGUAGCCUGUAUUUGAGAUGGACGAAGAACUUGUGGAACCUGUGAAAGAAGAGGUUCACAGUCGAAACUCACUGUGUCGUCUUUGUGCAUGUUAUACGCAACUACUUAUUCCCAUAUUCGAGAGUGAAGGACUAGAAAAUAGUCUCUCUGAUAAGAUUGAAAAAUAUUUACCCAUACAGGUUGGCCCAAGUGAUGUCCUUCCGGUGCACAUUUGUUUUCAAUGUGCUUCUACUGUUCUUUCAUGGCACGAGCUUUCGGAAUCUUGUGUUGAAGCUCAACAUAAAUUGAAAGCUAUGUUUGGUGCAAACAGUGAUCCCCAGUGUUCACCUUCUGGUUCAAGAGAUGCUGAUAUCUAUGAAGAUACAGCUUCACAUUCCGAUAUGUUUACUGCUGAUAAUCCUACAACCUCUAAUGAUGAAAUGUUCUCGAGUGACAAUCAAAGUGAAACUCAAAAAGCUAUUCAGGAUAUUGGAGAAGCACUGUCUAAGGGUGGAGAAACAGAAAGGUUGAAUGCAAAAAGACAGAUCUCAUUCACUGAGUACCAUGCUUUUCGCAAUUCCCCUCCAACACUAAACUUGCCAAAGCUCUGUGUGGACUCUGAUGCCUUCAACGCUAAUUCUUUAAGAAAAGAUGAUUACAAAACCGACACAAAAGUGUCAGAUGUGGUUUUUGAACCAUAUCGGGAUAAUAGUAGCACAACUCCAUCAGAUAGUUCUGACUCAUCAGAUGAUAGCUAUGUGCCUCCGAAAAAACUAAAAGCUGUGGCCAAAAGGAAACAGACUCGCUCUAGCUCCACAAAGAAACAAGAGCAACAGAACCAGAAGUCACUCACAACCCACGGCAUACUGAACUGUUUGUUGUGUCCAAAGCGUUUUAAUCGCAGAUGUGACUUGGCUAAACAUUUUCGGACCCAUAAUGCUGGUAUUAAAAGUGAGCCUGAAGAUGAGCAGUCAGAUACUGAUGUGUAUGGUGAAAGUAGCACAGUUGAUAUUCAGGAAAAGUCAGCAUCACCAUCCAGUGAAAAAGAGGCAGUUAAAGAGCCUGUUAAAAAAACUGUUUAUCAAGUUACAUGCAACAAUUGCAACAGAAAAUUUAAGACGAAAGAAUUGUUACAACGUCAUGUCACAGGAGAUCAAUGCAUCAUGACACUUCCAGACACAUCCCCCGUCAACUCAGAGUCUCCAGUAGGUUCGUCUUCUCAAAAUGAAACCAUUGCAGUUGAUGUGCACAUUAAAGAAGAAGAUAUGGAUGAACUUGAUGAUGAGAUGAAAGAUUCAGAUUACAGUGUGAGCAGUGAAGAAAGUGAUAAAAAGGAAAAAACUCGACGUCCUGCUAUAAUCAAGGAAAAGCCAAUCUAUAAAUGUGAAGUAUGCAAAAAGCAAUUUAAAUUAAAAGAAAGCUAUACGACUCACAAACGAAUUCAUACAGGUGAGAAACCAUUUACCUGUCACUUGUGUGGCAAGCAGUUCUCCCACUCUGGAGGCUUAUCCUACCAUUUGCGUCAUGUGCAUAUGGGAAUCAAAGAGCAUCCAUGUGAUAUUUGUGGGAGGAAGUUUGCGUUGAAAGCUGCAAUGCAAGAUCAUCGCCGCAUCCACACUGGUGAAAGACCUUAUGUCUGUGAUGUUUGUGGAAAAUCUUUCAAAAGCAAAGCAUCAUUGUACAUCCAUGGGAAGACACACACUGAUCAAUAUCCUCAUCCGUGUGAGUACUGUACCAAAAAAUUCAGGUGGCGCCAGCAGUUAUUGGGUCAUCUAACAACACAUACUGGUGAAAAGAAGCAUCACUGUAAAAUAUGCAAUAAGGGCUUCGGAGUUCGUAAUGAUCUUACUCGUCAUGAGCGUAUACACUCAGGCCAAAAACCAUUCAAAUGCUCUGUGUGUGGUCUUGCUUUUGGGCAAAAGCGUUACCUCAAGAACCACCUCAAAUCUCGUCAUGGUAUUCUUCGGAUGGAGACUGUUGAGGCUACUAACUCUUAGACAUGCCAAAUAUGUUUAUUCUCAAAUUCAAGCCCUGAAAAUUAUCAUCACCAAAAUAGAUAGCAAAACGGUGUGUGAGAUGUUUUCAUCUGAUUUAUGAACAUAAAACGGAUUUUUCUAAUAACCCCACAUACUGUACUGUAUAGUUAAGUCUUUUUGCUAUCAGCCUACGAAGCCAUUGUGCCAAUAUUAUUAAUGGCUUUGUCCCUCUUUUAAUCAGUUACUUCUAAAUGAAAUGUAUUCUAGUUCUUUGAAUUAAAUCAAUGCCCUUGCCUAUUUGGUAGUUAGCCUCUUGCAAAGUUCCAUGUAAUGGUUCUGCUUAGAUUUUACUGUGUCUACUGUUGACUGUUUUGUUUAAUUUAAUUAUGUUACGGUUUACUGUUGAAUUUGAUUGAGUUACUAUAGGACAUCUUUUCAAAGUUCUGUUGCGCACAGCACUUAGCUGUAUUGAUUUAUUAUAUUUCUCUGGCAUCUGUAACUCAAAUUAAUUAUUAUCACUCAUAGUUUCUUAGGUCUUCCAUUUUAAUGUUACAAUUUCUGCAUUUGCCAUUUUUUUAGUUACUAGCCUGUAAAUUCUAUCUAAUCUAAUAGCUGCAGAGCAUUGUAAUGUUUUCAACUAGGUAGUUCACUCAUUUGCUUUUCUUUGAAAGAAUUAUGCUCAAUAUUUAUGAACAAAAGCAAAGAACAACUCAUUUUGUACUCAAGAUGUUAGUAAUACUUGCUAUGCAGGACACCUCAAACAAAACAGCAAAACUAAUGUACAAUUUAACAUCUAUUGCAAAAGAUCUGUAUUGAAUCAUAGAAUAGUGAUCUCAUUUUGGCUUGAGCUAGACAAUUAAUUAAGAGCAGUAAUUAUCACUGCCUUAUGAACUGUUUGCUGUGGGGCGUCCAAUGAACCUGCUCUAAUGCUACUCUAGCUCAAUGCUUAUGCUGUACCAAUCAGUUAGUAAGGUCACAAACUUCUUAAUAUGUUGCCUGUGUUAAAUUUUCAGAAGAGCAUACAUGUGAUAAAUUUAAUUGACUUUAUGUUGAGGGGCUGGCCUUUGUGCGCUCUGAGGUAAAAGUCUGUUGUGUACAUUAUUUUUUUACUUUUGUUUUAAAGUUUUGAGAUGAGUAAUGGAAUUUAUGUGCACUGAUGCACUUGUUUUAUUGCAUAUGUGCUCUCAUAAUUGUAAAGCACACUUGCUUUACUCUCACCAAAUAAUUUUUCUCUGACAGGUAAUUUUUGUUACAUCAGAGGGAAAGUUUUCAUUGUUGGCAAAAAUUCUUUGUUCAUUUAUAUAUUUAAUUUGUUGAACUAUGUAUACAGUUUUGUCCAUCCUGUCUCAUGGGAAUCAUUAACAUAAUUUGAUGCUACCUAUCUUCCAUUUUUGUAUGUUAUGAUUGCUUUAUAAAUUUAUUAUAGGGGCAUUGUGGCAAAGUGUUCCUUUGUCUUAACCAAUGCUUUCGUUACAUUUGAAAAUAAUAAUUCUACUGUACUUACAUGUGUUUAAGAUGUACUUAUCAUGGAAUUUUACAUGUAUUAAGUGCUUGAUUCUCUCAAAAAACUGAAUCAGAGAAUUGGACCAUGCUUGUUCUUGUACUGUUUUGAUUUUUGAUCAAGUGUGAUAGGAUGUGAUUUGAUCUUUAAAUAACGGUGUGUUUCUGAACCCUGCUUGAGAAUUUUGAUUUGGGGCUCUAGCGUUGUCUUUUUAUUAAAUUAUCAUUCUCUACUUUUUCUUUAAAAUUCUUAAGCUAUGCAUGUGUUUGUUUCAAAUACACUUUAAAAGCUUGGUGUUAUUGUACAGAAUCCCAUUUUUCUUUGUAAUUAUAAUUUCUUUACCUUGUUGCAAUUUAGGUUCCUUGCUGUCAAUUAUUUCGCUGAGCAGGAUCAACGAAAAUGUGCCUUAAUAACAUGUUUUUAGCAAAUAUUAUUGUUAUGAAAAGCUUUACUUAGCUUUGAAUCAACAUCAGCCCAUUCAUGAAGUCCUAAAUUCUGGUAAUUAUUGUUCUUUAAUUACUGAUAAUAACAUAAUACUCCCUGUCAACUUACAUAGCUUAGUGAAUGAAGCAAAAAUGAAGGGAAGGUUCAGACAUCAGAUUUCACCUUGGAUUUGGUACUGUUUAAUUGAUCUUACAGAAGCAGUAAGCAGUAAAGCUUUCUUUGUUAGAAUUUUGCUCACUAUAUUGUUUUUAUUCUUCGUCCAACAAUGUUGAGUUACCUGAUAUGAAGUAUAUUUUAGACGUUGAUUUUAAAUUGUACCCAAAAUAAACAAACAAAAAAGUGUUGUAUCUCAUUGCUCAUUUUGGUGAAAAUACUGAAUAUUACUGUUUUUUAAUCAAUUGCAUUGUGACAUUAUGGUGAAAAUACUGUAUCUUAUUGUAUUGUGAACUUUUGCAUUCUGUACAAAGCUUGCUUUUUAAAGUUAAGAAAUAUGCACUCCUGUUAUUCACAUUUGCUGCACUGUUAUGUACUGGAGUUUGAAGUGUUGGCUUAUGGGUAUUAGUGCAACUGGCUUAGAUAUCUACCUACACUUUGUUUGUAGUGAAAAUUAUUUGGUGGAGGUGGCGACCCCCUAUUGAGGUGAUGUCAGGGAGUGUGAUUUAUUAUUUUCCUGUGCUGUAACUUUACUUCCUCUUGUGUUUAGAAAGUGUGUGCUCUUUCAUCACCUAUGGAUUCGGCACUUAUGGAUUGUUGGAUCCUGUUGUGCGGUAUUCUGAUACAAUAAGCGGUGCAAUGAAUAUCUAUGGUAGAUGCAAUUUGUGUUUUUAGAAAUUUUGUUUGUAGGUGAUUACUAAGUGUAUGGUAUGUACCUAUCUAUCUAUGUAUAUGUACAUCUAGCUGUCAACUUAGUUGUAGCUAUCACCUUUUGGUGUUUAUUACAUUUCAUUAUUAUCAGUGGUUUAAUUGAAAGAAUGGUGAGGUGAGAAUUUUAUGUGACCCUUGCAGUUAAUUCCUUGUUGUGUCUUUGAGCCAUCUCUGUGUAUUACCUAAGGUGUUGACACAGAGAGUUGUAUGCCUUCUGCCAUGGCAUCCUUUUUUUUUUAAAAAAAGGAACAAAAGCGGUGUGGAUUAUUAUCUAUCAAGGACAGGGUCAAAUGAAGAAAAAUUUGUGAUUUGUCAGUGGUCAUGACCUUCUUAAGAAAAUGAUUUCUUAACUUAUCUCCUGUACUUGUUUUUUUUUAAAAUGUUAAGGCAAUUUCCUGUCUUUUGUUUUCAAGUCUGUCAUGUUAGUUAGUGUUCCUGUUUUUCUCCUUCCAAUGAUAAUCUCCUUACAUUUCUUCUUUCAUAUUGAAAUUGUAUCUUCAUAUCUAAAAUCUAGUCAUGACUGUUUUAUCUUUACAAGUAGCCGUUAUAUUCAGCUUGAAACAUUUUUAAUAAGUAGCCAGUAGACUAUUCUUUGUGUUCAUUUUUCCAAUUUGUGCUUAAUUAUAUCAGAUUUAAAGGCCACCUAGGAAUGUCUUAAGUAUUUAUGUUUUUAUAUGUCUAGUUGUGAAGGUUGGUUUGUUCAACUUAUGUUUUGACUAUACCCCCAACCUUUUACACUGGUACUGAGGUUCCCUGGCAGAUCCCUACUCUGAAACAGUCAAACACUUAUGGAAAUUAGUAGAAAUGACUGAAUUUAAUGGAGGACAUCUUACGUUUUUCUAUGCUUGCAUCCAAUACAAGCUAUCGAUUGAUCUUUUAAUUUUUAUCCUCCUUCCCACAUUAUAAGCUCAUCACAUAAUGUGCUAAGACCAAUUACUUUACCUAAUCCGCAUAUACGUAUAUUGUUCUAAGAAAGCUUGAAUUCAGUGUGGGCGUUUUUGUGUAACUUGCUUGCUAGGUUAUUCACACUUAUUUUAUUAUUAUUUUUUUUUUAAUUAGGUGUAAGGAAAGAUAGUUUAGCCCUGGACAAUGUGAGUCACAGAUCUUAACACAUCUUAAUGUGGUAUUCUUGUGUGGUCGUCAGUUGAGGUGGCUAGUUGAUAUUGCACCUGAAUCUGUUGUGAAGCCCAGGAGUGUUGUCGGUGGACUGCAUGCCUAGUCCUGCAAGAAGUCUGAUACAAUUGUCAUCUGUGAUGCUUUGGGAUAAAAUGCCUUGAAUUUGGUAAGACUGAUUUCAGAUUUUGUAAGAUGGGACUAAGACUUGAGUGGUGUAGGUUUAACAGUUUGAAAGUGAGUUUAGCUGGCAAAAUAAGACACUAUAAAAUGAAUAUCCUAAAGUUUAUAUCAUGUUGUAUGUUGCAUAUGUUUGAAAUGGAUCUUGAGCGACUUUGCCAGAAAGGAUUGUGAUAAGAUUUGAUGUGCUUGUGCACAUGUUACCUUCUGAGGUGUGCUGUGUGAAUGGGGUUUCAUCAUUGCUGAGGUUUAUCUAGUGACCGACAAAAUGGAAAAUUGCUGCAUUUGUUUGCUUUGCUGUCAGGGCUGCCAGAAUGUUCACAGUUCUGUUUGUUUCUGGCUUGAAAGCUAUAAAUGAUAUAUUUCUUAAAAUGAUAUAUUUCUUAAUGAACAGCUACUGUUUCAUUAUUUAAUUGUGUAGCACUGAAAGGUUAAUCACAACCACAACCAAACAUUAUGACUAGCAUACUAGUGCUUUUCCACUUGUCAGUCAUUGGAUAUACCCCUGUAGCCUAACGUUUUGUGGACUAUGACUGAUGCUGUUUAAGCCUGAAAUAAAGUACAGUACAAAAGAAAA